AUGGCCUCGAAUCCGGAUCCAGACGCCCAACGCAGUCCCCCUAGCCUAGGGUUCAAGGCCCAAAGAACAGUCCUCCAGCUACUCUGCUCUGCGGAGGAGUAUCGAAAGCUCCAUGAAUCUGUCAUACAAAACCUCCCUCAGUCCAUACAAACUAGGGCUUACUCGCCCGCUACGUUCAAUCAUAUCGUCAAAUCAAGAGACAAACAUACCUCGGCAGCACUACGCUCCUCCAUCCGGCUGUUUUGGAUCUCGCGGCUGGGUAUGAAACUGCUCGAUUUCAUUAAAAGCCGAGUCAUAUCAAGAACUGGUGCAGCUGAUGUCUCCUCAAGUGUGCCGUUUCGCGAUUCUCCGGCAUUCCGGCUUCCUCUAUCUUUAUCAUUAAUGCUACUCUUCCAUCGGUUACUGCAUCGCUUUUUCUCCCGGUUACGCGCGAAUUUGCGAACGGAUAAUGCCCGGCCCUUCCGAGAGAGAAACCCACGCAUAGCUAAAGCAUUAACGUCGAAAUAUGCGCCAGCGAUCGGUGCCAGCUUGGCUGGCUUCUUCCUUGGGGUAUACCCACAAACCCAGCUCCGACUUACCGUUGCUAUAUAUGCUUCCACCCGGAGCUUGGAGGUUCUGUAUAAUGCUUUGGUUGAUAAUGGAUGGCUCUCAUUCCGUCCCUGGUGGUUUGGAAGCUGGCUUUUAAUGCCACUCUCCAUGGCCCAGCUCUUCCAUGCAUUCAUAUUUGAUAGAGAAGCUACGCCAUCUUGGUUUGGGAAUGUUAUUCUGCAAUAUACUCCAGGAUAUAUAAAGCGGCGGCCUUCUGGCCUUCCAGGAAUGGUGGCCUGGCCCGAACCAUUUGAAACUGUUGAUGCAUUGGCAAAAGUUGCUGAACUUAAGUGGCGGUAUGGCACCCUUCAUGAUGACCUGGACCGUUUACUUCUCCCUAUCCUUCAUCCAACUAUAACAGACACGCUUCCUGCCGCUGUUCAGAUAAUAUCACCUAUCACUUCUCCCGCUCACCCGGCGAUAGCCUCUCUAUCCUGUGCAUUACUCCACCCAAAGUCACCCUCUUGCUUGACUGCGCUUAUACAUCAAGUGCUUCUUUCUGUUCCACCCCUCAUCCGUUCUAUCACCAAGGUCUACUUGGCUCUAUCAAUAUUGAAGUUCAAGUCCUUUGUUACGUCACCGGUCACUUCAAUUAACGAACUGUCGAGGAAGAUACUCGCUGCCACGGCAAUUAUAUGCUCGUCUAUUGGUGCCGCGUGGGGAAGUGUCUGCUUUUUCAAUGCUAUCUUCCCGCGAAAACUGUUACCAACCCAGCGGUUCUACCUCAGUGGCGCUAUCAGCGGCCUUCCGUUUGCAGUACUCUGUGGCUCCGGGUACCGAGCUCAUUUCCUCUAUUUAUUCCGCCAAGCUGUGGAAUCUACGUGGAAAACCGGAGUCAAGCGCGGACUCUGGCGCGGUUAUAAGGGUGGUGACUUGUGGGUACUCGUAGCUUCAUGGGCGCUUUUGGGAGUGUUGCUGGAAAGAAAUCCUGAAAACAUCACAGAUCGAGGGUUCAGGAAGGCGUUGACUUGGAUGAGAGGAGAUGGCUAUAGCGAUUUAGCUGAGCGUCGCGCAAAGAGGAGCAAAAGGAAUCCAGCCGAGCAAGCGAGAUCAUCCUAG